UUUCCUCAGAUUCCCCGAGGGCCGAGGGCCGCGAUCGCAUCCUCCGUGCCCUCCGGGCUGAACCGGGGAGCCCGCUGGCAUUUGUCUACGACGGAAAGUCCGGUGGAGGCCUCUGAGGAGGACUUGGGAAUGCUCUAGUUAGGAGCUCGGGUUGAAAAGACCCGGAUAGGGCCAGCCCGGCGCGCAGAUCCCACAUGGCCGACUGCCGUCCCAAUCCCCACCCGGCGGCUUGAGAAACACGCACGGCACAAGUGCCCGCGUGCCCCAGAUCGUGAGAGAGAGAAGGGACUGCGGCCAGGCCACCCCGACACCCCCGGAGAUAAUCAUAAAAACCAUAAAAAUGAAUUUUAAUAUCUGGAAUAGCAAAGACAUGCUCAGUAUUCCCUCAGGCUCUGGGACCACUAAGUCAUCUAACUGGAGUAAUAAUCAGGCUGAUUAUUCUAGCCUUAGUGAUUCCCAGUUCCUCUUUGGAUCACAGUUUUGUCCAGAAAAUUCAGAGACCCUGUCAGCACCCUUGGAUUUUGGUGCCCACUCAAGACAUCCAAAACAGUCACAACAGAAUCCUCUGGAUCAGAGUGAACCUAGUAUUUUUACGAAGUACCAGGCAAAACCCCAGCUAUUUGGAGGAGAUACAAAGGAUGGAGGCUUAUUUCCUCUUCCUUUGUCAAUUGGAAAAUCAAAAGGCCUCUUCGAACAAUUUGAGGAGAAAAAAAAAAAGGCAAAAGACAAGUGUGACAGUGAGAAUCUACACAACUUUGUCUCCUAUGUCAGAGAAAGCAUUCACAGGCUGCAGACAACUGUGGAAAAAUCAGAGGAACAUCUCAGUUCAAGAAGCCAAUCUAUUUUGGAUUCUUUGGAGACUGUGACCAAGACAUUGCAAGAGAUCGUGCGGGCCCAGAAUGACCUGGCGUUCAGGGCGGUACAAGACAAAGGCAACAUGGAACAGGCCAUCCUCGAAAUACGGAAGAUGUUCGAAGCUAAACAAGCAGAGUUCAUAGACAUGAAGUCCAACCUAAAGCACCUAGAAGGUUUAGUUACCCAGCAGAGUCAGGACUUCCAGCAGCUGUGUGAGCAGGUAGGCCAGCUGAAUGUGCCCAGUGUCCUAGCAGAGCUGAAGCAAUCGAUGUCAGUGCUUCUGGCACCAGGGAAUGUGAAAGACAGCACCUCUCAGACCUCACCACAUCUAGCCCACAGCCUCUACUUCACCAGGCAGGAAAAUUACACCUCUGGGGAUGCUGUCACACAGCCAGUUCAGGUCCCCCCUGCUGCGUGGAAUCCCAGUGUGGGCUCCCCAGGGCCUGGAGACUUAUGUGCCCAGGGUAAGGAAGCAAAGAGCAAUGCUCUCCGAGAAGAGGCCACACUGUCAGCAGUUGGGCUCUGUGAAGGACAUGGGUGCGUAAGGGACAAGGCAGUGCAGACCGACUGCCAGGAUCCCAUCACCACUAAUGCAGGUUUAAAGAACCAUGUCUCCAGCCUCUCGGGCCACAGAGUUCACAAUGACAGGGAACUGGUUUCCCAAGGAACUUCACAGCAAAUAUCCCUGGAUUUGGAUAACCUUGAAGCCAACAUUAAGAAUUCCUGCCCCAAAUAUCAAGCCACAACCAUGUUCUUGUGUGACCCGUGUGAGCACCAGGUCACUGAGCAGAAAGUCAGGACUGUUGGAAGACGUGGGAAAGGCAGGAAGGAGCAGCCCAAGAAAGUCAAAAGGGGCAGCCUCCGAGCCAGGAAGCAAGAACAAAACCCAAACAAGACCUGUGCCUUCAACUCUAAGUAUCAGAGUUGUCAGCCUCCAGCUUCUGGCCCACAGAGGUCCUCCCUGGGACAGCAGGAACCCCUUGCUCAGCUCCUACAUCUCCGGAACCCCAGGAGCCCCUCAAGGCCAGCAUGCUCUGCUCUGAGAGGAAGAGUCACACCCAGUAAGACAGGAAGUGCCUCCCAAAGAAGCCUCUUGCAGCUCAACAGGUCCUCUUCUGGAAACAACAGCCAGCUUUCUAGAAGUUCCCGAGGGAAGCACCAGAUGAGCUGGUUCAGUGACCCCAGCCUGGGCAGUUCAGAGCCUCCUCUGUGCAAGGAGCCAGGGAAGACUAUGCUUUAUGACCUGGGUUUUGAUAGCAGUGAUGACGGCUUCUGACUAGCCCACAGCAACUUUAGCUGAUGGUUUGCACUUAACAGUGCAAGUCAGAACACACAGAAAGACAAAUCAGGGAACCAGCAGUUAGCGUAAUGGCUA